CGACUGCGCACUCGCGCGCCCUGCGGCUUCCGCGGCCGCCGUUGGCCGUUGGCGCGGCUUGGGUGGUUGUCUUGGAGAAUCAAGAUGGCGGCGGCGGCGGCGGCGGCGGCGACGGCGACGGCGACGGCGGCCGCGGUGGUGGCCGAGGAGGACACGGAGCUGCGGGACCUGCUGGUGCAGACGCUGGAGAACAGCGGCGUCCUGAACCGCAUCAAGGCUGAACUCAGAGCGGCCGUGUUCCUGGCGCUGGAAGAACAAGAGAAGGUGGAGAACAAAACUCCUUUGGUCAAUGAGAGCUUGAAAAAGUUUUUAAAUACAAAAGAUGGUCGGUUGGUGGCUAGUCUGGUGGCAGAGUUCCUUCAGUUUUUUCACCUUGACUUCACCUUGGCUGUGUUCCACCCUGAAACGAGCACAUGUCAAGGUCUUGAAGGUCGAGAGAACUUAGCCCGAGAUUUGGGUAUCAUUGAAGCAGAAGGCACCGUGGGUGGACCCUUAUUGUUAGAACUGAUUAGACGCUGUCAACAGAAAGAGAAAGGGCCUGCCAGUGCGGAAGGUGCAUUGGAUCUGUCUGAUGGACAUCCUCCAUCAAAGUCACCUGAAGGAAAAACAAGCUCCAACUCCACCCCAAGUAAGAUACCAAGGUAUAAAGGACAAGGUAAGAAGAAGACAAGCGGGCAGAAGUCCGGUGACAAGAAGACCAACAGUGAGACCAGUCAGAGCGAGACCAGUGUCUCCUUGUCAGAGCCAAAGAGCAAGAGCAGCCUGCACUCCCUGACCCAUGAGACAAGAAUCGCAUCCUUCCUGAGCAGCAACACGUUACAUGCAAAAGACAAAGGUGCUCUGUGUGCGGAGGAAGAUGAUGCAGAAGGAGAUUCUUUCUUUGAUGAUCCCAUUCCUAAGCCAGAAAAAACUUACGGUUGGAGAAGUGAACCUAGGAAGCAAGUGGGAAGUCUGGCCUCACUCUCUGACAUACCCCCCUUAAGGAGUGGUCUCAGCUCCCUGGCAGGAGCCCCUUCAUUGACAGAUACUGAGAAUAAAAGAGGAAGCAGGGUCCUGAAGGAUCUGAAAUUGGUCAAUGAGAAGAUUGGAUCACUUGGGCUAGGAACUGGAGAAGAAGAAGACUAUGUUGAUGAUUUUAAUAGUGCUAGCCAUCGCUCAGAAAAAAGUGAGUUGAGUAUUGGUGAAGAAAUUGAAGAAGACCUUUCCGUGGGAGUAGAUGACGUCAACACCAGUGACAAACUCGAUGACCUCACGCAAGACCUGACUGUUUCCCAGCUCAGUGAUGUGGCCGAUUAUCUGGAAGACGUUGCAUAGACAGGAAAAGGAAGUAUUCUGACCAACAGAAGAGAACGGACUUGUCGGCUCCGUGGUCUCCAGUCAGUCACUCUUGCUGGAAUGUACGCUCCUGCUGGUGCCUUGCAUUUCAAAGACUGCAGAUAUUUUUAAAAGUUAACUUUUCAGUUUAGUAAACAAAAUACUUCCUAUAUGAGCCCAUGUCUAGGAGGUUAAUAUUCUUAAUUUGGUUUAGCUGUAUAUCGCCAAGGAGAUUGUCUAUAUUCGGGUCCAUUAUGCAAGGAAAUGCCAGUGUUAAAAAGCAGAAAGAGAGCCGGGCGUUGGUGGCGCACGCCUUUAAUCCCAGCACUCCGGAGGCAGAGGCAGGCGGAUCUCUGUGAGUUCGAGGCCAGCCUGGUCUACAAAGUGAGUUCCAGGACAGCCUCCAAAGCUACAGAGAAACCCUGUCUCGAAAAGCCAAAAAAAAAAAAAAAAAAAAAAAAAGCAGAAAGAGAGAGGGGUCAGUACAGCUGGAGUUUGUGUCCCUGCGUCUCUGGCUGCUGCAGAGACGUCUGAGACCUCACAUUUGCCAUAGAAAGCUAACCCACUAAAUGUGCAUGAGGUGAGUUAGCCCGAAGUUGGUGAACUGACCUGAUAAGUCUGUGAUGCUGAAGUGUAUCAGUACAAGCUAAAUUGGAUGUGUGAACGUUAUUUUGUAUUUUCCUUCCAUUUGGAAGGUUUGUUAGACCAUUAAGGUUAUAUUAUACGUUUUAAAGUAGAAGUGGUUAGGACUCUUAAUUCAUAGACUUGUCAAUCAUAGUUAAGGUUUAAGGUCGCAUUUGUCCUGCUGUCUGUGAGCAGCUGUAGACACAGAUUACUUCAUUAUAGUCUUAAUUUAUUUCUAAAGAUGCCUUGAAACAUUCAGUACCAAAAUGCAUCUGAAACUGUCAAGCAGUGCUUUUAUUUCAGAUCUGUAAGUUGAUUAUAUUUAAAUCCAAAUUGGAAUGAAAUAGUAGUAAUGGCCUAAGACCAUCUAUAUUCAGUUUGACAAACUUUGUAUACUGUACAUAAUUGCAUCAUAGUCCUUUAAAAAUAGAGCCAAUAGUAGAAUUUCUGGCAGAUUUAGGCCAUGUUGUUGUAGUGAGGUGCAGGGAUCUAGGCAAUGCUAAAACACUUAAAUGUGCAAGGAGAAAACUCAGUCCUAUGCAUGUACAGUCAUAUACCACAGCUAAGUGAAAUUUAGGGAGUUGUGAAACUUUGAUACAUUUUAUUUCAAUUGUGACUGUUAAAGUUACCUUUAUUAAUAAAAAAGAGAAAUUGUCCAUUCAUGUUGAAUAAGUGAGCAGGGACUGUGUACCAAUGCCACUUUCCAUUCCAUUACUGCUAAGUAGGGCAAGUGACAUUUACCGGGCUGUUAAGUGCAGAGGAAAUGAAAAUGUAGUACAGAGUCCUGGCAGUAGAGUCUGGCUUUUUAAAACUGAGUGAAACUGAACGAUGAGCAUCAAGAGGAAGUAGGACAGAAAAUGGGCCAUGCGGCCUGGAAGCCCCUGUGUAUUUCUGUCCUCAGUCUGCCCUGACAUGGUGCUGUCUGUUUGUCAUGCUCUCCUCUUAGAAACUGCUGUGAGCAGACACUGUCUGCUUGUCAGAAACUGCACUACCCUGCCGUCUCUUCCCUGCUUUGUGAAAGCGCUGGAGCUGGUGGGGUCCCUGGGGUCUGGAGCAAACAGUGACUUGAUAGUUGGUGAGCUCUACAAGUGCGUGAACUGACCCGGCCCGCAGGGUGGCAGGAUGUGGCUUUCUAUAUUUGAGGAAGACUUUCCAGCAGUCAGAUGUGAAAUUUGUCACUUUCUAUUACCCAGGGACUGACCUUUUGCUAAUUCUUGAGAAGGUGGGGAGAAAAUGCCAAACUGCAGCUUUGUGGUCGCAGUACAUAAAGGUAUUGAAUAAUUCUGAAAUGUGAAAUCCAACAAGUAGGAAACUGUUUCCAAGUAUUCCUUGCCUAGGUAUUGUUAACCUGUUAAACUUUUAACAGGUUCUGCAUAUAAUAAUGUUUCUCUUAUUUAAAGUGAAUUAAAGUGUUGAUCAGUGGUAACGA